AUGUCUCAAGAUUUUGAUCCGUGUGCUAUGCUGAAACGUCGCUUGCUUCGCGGGGAGAUCACAUACGCCGCCGCAAAGGAACAAGACGCCAAUAUCCUCCAUCAGUUGGGAUACAGGGAUCGGAAGAUUCAAUAUUUCACCCAUCUCUACCGAAAUCAAAAGCAGAUCAGGACAAUCGUCGCCCAUCAUCUUGGCCUCAGUUCCGCGGACACAUGUCGUAUUGUUGAUGUUGAGGACUGGAUACAUGGCAGCUUCAAUGUUUGCAUCCGGGUUGAUGUAGAUCCUGGGAGACAAGUCAUGAUACGAUUCCCCUUGCCUUACCGGAUUGGAGAGGAUUGCUGCCCUGGUAACGCGGAUGAGAAGGUCCGUUGUGAAGUUGGGACCUAUGCGUGGCUUCAAGAGAAUUGCCCAACUGUCCCUAUUCCACGCCUUUAUGGGUUUGGACUAUCCACUGGCCAAACUUUUACUGUUCUUGAUAAUCUGCCUUUCAUAACCCGCGUGAUCCAGCGUCUACGCCGUCGUUUGUUAAAUUGGUUGAACUAUCCAUCUCCAUCCCCCUAUGUUCAGCAUCAGACCAAAGAUCAAAUUGUAUUAGGAACACCCUACCUUUUGAUUGAAUACAUUGAUCCGUCUAGAGGGAAAAUGCUUUCUGAAACAUGGGAAGAAGGGCGCCACGAUAUCAAAUUACGCACGAACCUUUUCCAUGGUCUCUCCCGCAUUAUGUUGACCCUAGCACGUAUUCCAUUACCAAAGAUCGGUUCCUUCACUCUAGAUGAAAAGGGGUACUUGAGUUUGAAUAACCGGCCUCUGACCCUGGAAAUCCAUCAACUGGAAAAUGAGCACAUCCCAGUUGACAUGCCACAGAAUACCACUUAUGCCACUGUUGACUCUUAUGUCAAUGACAUCCUCGCAUUCCAUGAAAGUCGGCUUCGCCAUCAGCCUAACGCAGUCAAUGACGUUGAAGAUGGCUUUUAUCAGACAUCCGCUUUGAUGGUAAUGAGAAGCGUCUGGUCUUGUUUUUUCCGCCGUGAUUUCCUUCGAGGCCCGUUCUUUCUUAAUCUCACGGACCUUAACCAGACCAACAUCUUUGUUGACGAUGAUUGGAACAUUAAAUGUCUUAUCGAUCUCGAGUGGGCAUGCUCCCAUCCAGUGGAGAUGAUUCAUCCUCCGCAUUGGCUAACAAAUCAGGCUGUCGAUUUGAUCAGCAUUGAUGAUUAUGAAAUUCUUCACAAAGAGUUCAUGAGGGCCUUUGCAGAGGAAGAGAUGAAAAUCGAGCUACCAGUCCAUCUCUAUCCUAUUUUGCAAGAUGGAUGGGAGAGAGGAACAUUUUGGUGUUCUCUCGCGCUAAGCAGCCCUACUGCGUUAUUUAAGAUCUUUUAUGACUUCAUUCAACAAAGGUUUUCUAAGGCCCAUGACGAUCCAGCAUUUUGGAAGAUUACUAUGCCCUAUUGGACAUUCAAUACCUUUGAGUUCAUUGAAAACAAAGUGAAGGACAAGGAGCAAUACGACAUCUCUUUGCGCGAAGCAUUUGAAUUCGGAGAUCCCAAAACCUGA